AUGUCACCAUCGAAGCAAAGACGAGACGAGCACAGGGCAUCUGCUUGGAGACACUUCUUGAACGGUGCAAAAGGGCACGCCUCUUUGGCAUCUCCUUGUCCACAGCGGUCUGUGGCAAGCCAGCGGUCAUCUCGGAACAGACGCGCUCAGUGGAUCGCUUGGAGAUCAGACAGGUUUUCUUGGGUCCCCAAAGACCGCCUCUGGCUUUUAGAUCGCUUGGGUUGUGCUGCGACUGCAGGCACUGGUUCGUUUGGAAGUUUCAUCACAAGCUUUGCUCCUGAGCCAGGUCGGAUGCGACUGAGAGAUGUUUUUCCCAUCGCCCCGGUGGCAGGGGUUGGCCAUAAGCCUGUCAGCAUGACCACCGUUCGUUGGCAUGUGUUGCUUCGCUUCAUCAAUGUUGUCCUGGUUUCUCUGAACUGGCUGUACGGGGUAAAAAGAAGUGCGGCCGUGCCCCAAGCUCAUACAGCUUCUCAGCGGACUGUGGUGGACAGCAUUGUGGAGCGCUCGCUCUCCGUUCUGCAUCGUUUACAAGAGGUUGUGGACGGUGAGUGGGAACGCUUUUUGCCUGACUUUGUCGACAUCCGCGGACAGAAGCAGCCUGCUUCGACCGCGUUUCAAGAUCUCGUAGCCGAAAGAGUUGACAACCUGGAAUUCGCUGCGCAAUGUGAUCCUCUUCCCCACUUGCCUGCGGAGGUCCAGAGUUGUUUGCAAAAGGGCAUCAUUGAGUCGCCGCCUCCGGGUUUGCACCUUUUUGAGUCCUUUAGUCGGGGCUCACGCGAAGAAUAUGCCAAGCUUGUGAUACGGCAGGUCCGCUGUGGAAAGCUGGGUUUGUCCACCCACUGCUGCGGAGGAGGUACAUCUUUCGCAGUGGGGAAACAUGGUGGCCAACGUUUGCGUGAAGUCUGGCAUGGACGGCGCGUUUCAGAGGCCGCUGCCAGGCCUCCGAAGCCACGGCACCUGGCAUCACCUACCGCUUUGACUUUCCUUGAGUGCAGCGAUGCUCGCCCUUUUCGGCUGAGCAAAAGGGAUGCUUCCUGCUGGUUUGACCAGUUGAGACUUCCUGCUCACCUUCGUCUGUACAUGGCGAAGCCGCCGCUAUCCACUGCUGAGUUGCGUGAGGCAGGCAUGACUGACAAAGAACAGCAAUUACACCUGGAGGAAGGGCAACUUUGGCGAGAGGGACCUUUGUUUCCUCUGCAUCACGUUUGGCCCAUGGGCUUCUCGUGGUCGUCGUACAUUGCCCAAGAGGAGAUGCUGCAUGUUUGUCGGGAAGCGGGCUUGGACGAGUCCGUUCUCCUUGCCUGCGACUGCACUACACCCUCCUCCUUCGAGCUCGUCGCGGCCGUCGCAACCGACGAUGUGAUGCUUUUCAGCAAUGUAGGUGAAGGGACCACACUUGCUGCCGCGCAGGUUUUGGACGCAGUCAUCGACGCUCGUGGUGCUGUUCGGAAUGCCAAGAAGGAUGUGAAUGAUGAGCUUUGCGGCACGUGUGUCGGUGUGGAUUUAGUUAAUGGCUGCUUCCUGGAUGUGCCGGGACCGAGAUAUUUGGCCAUGAUCAUGACGUUCCUUCACCUUCAUGCGUGCAGGGUGGCUUCUCCUCAACAGGUACAACAGCUGCUCGGCAUGGUGCAGUGGUACGACUUGCUGGUGCGUCCCAAGCUUUCAGUUUACAGCAGCAUUUACGCCUUCACCUUGUCCGACGAUGAGAGCGAAAGGAGUCUGCCAGGCUCAAUCUUGGGCGAGCUGGCGUGCAGCUUGUGUUUGGGCAUCUUUUGGCGCCUGUGA